GACGCACCUUCUUCCGCGCCAUGGUGGGGCCAACCCCUCAGCGCUCCGGCCGGAAACUGCUGCCGCCGCGCGCCCCCAGGCCCGCCCGCCACCGGAAGAGGCCGGUGUUCCAGGCUAAAGUGUUCGGGCGCGACCGGAAGCAAAGGAGAAGCCGUCCUGGCCAUGGCGCGGGUUGGAGCUGGGAGGGCGGGGGCCUCUCGCCGCGGCCGGAGCGGCCAGUGGCGACCUGCAACCUGGGAGAUCUCGGACUCCGACACCGAGGGCCCCGCCCACUCGGAGGCCGCCGCGAGAGCCCGGGACCCAGCUGGGGAGCGAAGGGCGGCGGCCGAGGCGUUGCGGCUGCUGCGGCCGGAGCAGGUCUUGAGGCGCCUUGCGGUGCGCGUGGACCCAGCCUUCCUGGAAGACGCCGGUGCCGACGUCCUGAUGGAGGCCCUAGAGGCCCUGGGCUGCCAGUGCCUCAUCGAGCCCCAGCGCCCGGCGCGGAGCCUGCAGUGGACCCGAGCGAGUCCCGACCCCUGCCCCCGCAGCGUGAGUGGUCGCGGGUUCCCGAGGGCCAGCCCCGACUCGACUGUUUUCAGUCCUGGAGCCUCCAUGACUUCAGUCCUGGAGCUGUCCCUGGGCGGUGCGGAUGGCUGCCUCCUGAAGUGUGGGCUGCAGGUGAACAGGAAUUGCUGCUUCUGCUGGAGCCGGAGGAGUUUCUGCAGGGCGUGGCUACACUGACCCAGAUCUCUGGCCCAACCCGCUGGGUGCCCUGGAUCACCCCCGAGAUCACUGCCCGGCCCCACCUGGCUGUCAUCGGGCUGGAUGCCUAUCUGUGGUCUCGCCAGCACGUUCCCCGUGGGACACAGCCAGAGAGCCUGCAGGUGGCCGGUGUGGAGUUGGCCGUGGGCUGGCCAGAGGUGGAGGAGGCUCUGGUGCUUCUGCAGCUUUGGGCAAAUCUGGACGUGCUGUUGGUGGCCUCGUGGGAGGAGCUGAGUCAGCACGUGUGCGCCAUCACCAAGGCCCUUGCCCAGUGUCCCCUCAAGCAGUACCGGGAAUCCCAGGCCUUUUCCUUUUGCACAGUAGGGCGCUGGGCAGCGGGUGAGCCGGUGGCAAGAGACGGCACAGGGCUGCGCGGGGCCUGGUGGAGGCAGAUCAGGCAGUUCAGUCGGGUCAGCCCAGCCGUGGCUGACGCUGUGGUCACAGCCUUCCCCUCCCCGCGCCUUUUACAACAGGCGUUCAUGGCCUGCAGCACGGAGCGGGAGCGCCUGCGCCUCCUAGCUGACCUCCCCGUGAUGGCCAGUGAAGAUGGGCGGUCCCGCAGGGUGGGGCCUGACCUCUCCCGCCGCAUCUGCCUCUUCCUGACCACGGCCAACCCUGACCUCCUCCUGGACCUGAGCUCCUGACCACAUCUGGGACCACCAGAACAGCAUGCAGCCUUAGGAACAGACCAGACACCCUGCAGGGUAGUGGGGAGGACCCCAGCCACAUGUGGACCCUCAGUCUCUGGCUGGGCAGGUCUGAUCUCAGGGGGAGGGUAUGUGGUUGCAGGGAAAGUUUUAGGCAGCUGGAAUGAAAGGAGGGGCUUCCGGCUUGCAGCUGGCAGGAGAGGCUGGUGAUUCCUAUGCUAAACCCUGCACACACAGGGGAGCCCAGCAGCAAGGCUGUCUCCCCUACCCCCACUCCACACACACAAUGUGGCAGGGGCUGAAGGCAGCACCAGG